AUGGUUUUAAAUUUAGCAGUGAACAGAAUAGCUAUAACCAAGUUCCCAAAAAGUUUAGAAGAAGAGAUUAUCAGAGAGAAAGCAAAACGAAUCUUGCAAAAUAGAUAUAAGUUUAGUAAAGAUCAAGUAAACGCCUUAUUUACAACCCAGAAAAAUAAACAAUGCGAAAGUAUUUCUGGCAAAACCUUAAAUAUUGUAAUCGCCAAUCAACUCUCUAAAGGAAUGGGGGAAGAAACUAUCGGGGAUAUGGCACAACAGUUUUUACGGGAUAAACUUCGCAUUAAAGAUAUAAGAGCCAAAGCUUAUGCCUUAGCAUUAUUAGCAAAAAAUGCCAAUGCUGAUCACUUUACAUUAGAAUCGGUUAAAGAGAGAUUAGAUGUAUAUGAUGUAAAAACCUCACCUGAUUUACAAUCUCUCGCAGAUGUUAUGAUAAUGCUUUGCAUCCGUCCUGCUGAACUUACAACUUUACAUAUUACAGAUACCGGAGUCACAGGUUAUGCAAAGAACAGGGGCCAACCAGAUAUUCCCAGAAAAUUUAGAUCUAUGGAAAAGGAUCAAAAACAAGCCAAAGAAUUACUAACCUGGAUACAGAAUUCUGUGCAAAAUUACGUUGUAUCGGAGCCAGACUCAGAUGAAGAUGAGGAUUCAGAUACGGCUUCACUAUCUCCAGUAAUCGCGUGUUCUUGUCCAAAACUUAAACAUCUUGAGUUUGGCGAUUGUUUGAUUAGUAAUAAAGCUAUUGAGGAAAUAGCCCACAACUGUAAUAAUUUAAAAUAUCUUAUUUUGGAGGGAUAUUAUUCUGAUGAUGAAUUCUCAGAUUCUGAUCUACCCCCACUUAUUCCAGAUUUAUUAAGAGUAUCUCGAAGCGUUAUUUUUACCAGUGGACCUAAUAGAAUAGUUUCAACCAAUACAUUAAAUGUAACAGAUCUUAUUUCUGCAAUUAGAGUAUCAUCAGAAUUGACUGAUUCAGAAGGAAUUAAUUUAUUAAAUAGUCUUGCUCGAGCCAUUGAUCAAGAAUUACAUCGAUCGUGGCAAGGGCUUUAG